ACCUAGGCAAGCCCAAGCUUAUUAUAACGGAUAAUGAAUUUAAUAUAAAUUGCAUAAAACAGUUUCUUAUAGAUAAAAAUAUAGAUAUCCACGACACCAAAUAAAAACAGGGAACUCAAAUGUUGAGAGACUACACAUGACAUUAAAUGAGCACAACCGGCUUUUUAAUGCAGACGAGAAAAACAAUGAUGCGAUACAAAACAAGGUAUUCAAAGCAAUAAUAUGCUAUUACUAUCCACUCUAUUACAAAGAUAAAAUCAAUCGAUUUCCUAAACAACAUCCUAAGCGCAUAACAAGAGCAAAACAUCGCAAAAAAAGACCAAAAGACCCAUGAUGACAACGAUGGCAUUUCGUUGCGUUGCUACCUUCUUUGUCGAACACCGGAAUGCUGCUUCUGCAGAAUGAAAUGCGGCGACCAGACAAACACGUCGCUAUCAAAGUUCAAAGACCAGGCUACGGACAUCGGCUGAAACAUUUGUGUUGGGGACGGAUACUGCGGUAAUCCUCAGUGGUGGAAAAACAUGCUUCGGCGCCAUCAACAGGAGCUUAGUUUUAGCAAUAGUUAUGGCCUCAAUUGUACGGAGCUGCAGUUCGCCCUUCAGGAGCCCAAUCAGGUACCCACGGACUUCGAAUACGAAAACUUCAGCCUGGGCAAUCCGUACGAAUUAGACCCAAAAUCCGGCAUCUCCUCGCUAUCACUGCUCUUGCUGGCGGUCAGCUACGGCUUAGUGGUCUUUGGCGGCGUUGUGGGAAACUUCACAUUGGUGCUGACCCUGUGCUCCGCAUCCUCCGUGCGCCUCCGCAACCCCCUGCUACUGGCCGUAUGUAUUGCCGACCUGAUGGUCACUGGCAUAUCUGCCCCGGUCACAUUCAUCAAUCUCGCGGUGAAUAGCCGAACGAGUUCGCUACCACUUAAGCUGUGCAAGUUCAUACAGUAUAUACAGAUUAUGCCCGUAGCAGCCAGCACCAUUUCUUUCUUCUUGCUCUCCCUAGACCGCUACGCCACAGUGAAACAUCCCCGACUGGCCCAGUUGCGCCAGCGGCGCUACUUGCAUGUCUCCUUGGCUUUGUUCUCCUGGCUAGCCUCGGCGGCUAUAAGCACACCAUUCCUGUUUGCCUAUAAGAUCAUCGCCAAAUCUAUGGUCGUAAAGGACGACAUGGCGGCGAGUAGUACGCCGAGCCCAGUAAGCGUUAGCUGCACCUCCGACCUGGGCGCCAGCGCCAUGUUCAUGUCCUUCAUCAUCUUCCACACAAUAUCCGUUUUCGUGCUACCGGGCGUCGGUGUGUUGCUCAACCAUUACGGCGUCCGUCGAAAGCUCUGCGCCUUGUCUCUAACGGCUCGGGCUGCCCAUGGGGAGCUGCCCCUUCCUAUUCCCAUCCUUAGGCACCAGACUCAAAUGGUGAUCGUAACUGGCUGCUGCAACGCACAACAGGCGGCCUGCAGAGACAUCACUGCGAAUGAUACAUCGAACGGAAACGGUGCCGGCACCGGGGGCGUUCCAUUGGUUGUCAGUCCAGGAGACAUCCAACUUCACAACAUACAUCUGCCACAGCCCAGGUCAAGAGGAACAACCCUCGAACAAGGGACAUACCGUUCCAGCAAUCCCAUAUCACCGAGGGUCAUGAGGGAGAUUCGAGCUCACUCACAGCGACAGCGCAUUAACCAGGAAGAAAGGGGUCCGGCGACACCCGGAAUACCACUGCCCCAUACAUCCACACUUCGCUCCCGACGGCACCUGGCCAAUAUGCUCAUCGCAUCGGCAGUGGUCUUCAUAGCCUGUUGGUCCCCACACGUAUUUUGCAUAUUUUACAAAAACUUCGGCAGCAAGCACCAGUGCAGUCAGAUUUCCAUUUACUUAAGCCUCCUUCUGGGCUACUUUUACUCGGCCAUCAGUCCGGUGAUCUACUGUGCGCUCAACCAUAAUUCGCUUCGACAAUCUCCCUGCGCACCAAUCAUCCGCCUGCGAUCCAUGCAAAAAUUCCUCAGGUCGCGCUUCCGGACGCACACCGUCCCGCCACCUCCAUCGUCCACCAACGAGGCGGCAUUGGGUGCCUUUAACCCAAAGCUGAUCAAGCUGACACCGAAACAGUAUAGAGCUCAGGCCUCUUCGCAUUAUCUCUACUAGUGAGAUUUUCUAACUAAUUUUUAUAUACACACAUACACAUUUAUGUACGCUCAUACCAGAUUUGUUCCUAAGGAAUUACUUUUGUAAUGUAAAGUAAUUCUAACGAAAACUGGUUUCAUUGUCAAUCAAAAAAUUACUGUCUAACAUUGAAUUAUUUUUGAAUUACUUUACUUCCUUCUAAGUGUUACAUACUUUUCGACGAAUAUAGUAAAUCCUUUUACUCUAGGAGCAACGGGUAUAAUAAUGACAUUGGAAAACCAAAUCAUUUUUUUCAAAUUCUAUGAAAAGCAAGAGAGAACGUUAUAGUCGAGUGCCUCGACUAUCAGAUACCAGUACUUAACUAAAGGAAGGAAGAUGCAGAAAAGCGAAUUUGCAAAGUACCACUUACCCGCGAUUUUACACAGAGUAGGCGUGGUAAACUUUUUUUAGUUCAAAACAUAGAUGUUGACGAGCCAAAUACAUUUUAGCUAAAAUAUUUUUGUGUGUGUUAGAGUAGGCGUGGUAUAUUCGCCUGAUAAAAAUUCGCUGCGUUCAAAGCUAAGAAAUCUUAGUCUGUAAUUUCAAUUCUGUAUCAUUGAUUGUGAUAUCAGCGUUCAAAUAAACGGUGAACGAAAAAGUUGUAUUUACAAGGUGAGUUGCAAAGUAAACAGGACUUUUUAAUCUAGCGCCAUCUAGUGGCGCUAUCUAUAUGUCAACUGGUGCGUUAGAAUAGCUAUCGUUUAUUCAUUAUUUAUUAUGAGCUUCGAACAAAGAGCCAACAUUAUAUCAUCAUCAUCAUCGAUCGACGCUUGUGUCCGACUAUUUGACUAAAAAUCACAUUUUAACCAUCAACCACUCCCGUAUUCACCUGAUAUGGCACUGUGCGACUUCUACCUUUUUGGAAAAAUGCAUUUGCCGAUGAAAGGAAAGCGUUAUGCAGACGUAAAGGCCAUUCAAAAGGCUUGCACCGGAAUACUGUCGACCAUACCGGUCAACGAACUAAAACACUCGUUCGACAUGCUUUUGGACCGUGCAAAACGCUGUAUUAAAGCAGAAGGAGACUAUUUUUAAUAAAAUAAAUUGAUUUUGCCGAAAAAACGACGGCGCUUUAGCCGGAUGGGAAGGUUGCUGGGGACACACGGAAAACUAUUGCCACCAGAACUUGAUCAACAUGCUCGUCGCAUCGGCAUCUUUUACAAAAUCUGCAGCAAUCGGCAGUAAGCAGCAGUCCAGCCAGAUCUCCGUUGACCCAUGCCUCCUCCUGGGUGCGUCAAAUCCCCUGGUGCACCGUGACCAAAACCACUCACUAACAAACCGUUUUUUAGGCUACUUUUACUUGGCCAUGAGUCCGGUGAUCUACUCAACCAUAAUUCGCUUUGACAAACUCAUCCUGUAAUCCAUACAAAACUUCCUGAGGUCGCGCUUCCGGAUUCACACCGCCCCGCCACCUACAACUUUCAACUACGAGGCGGCAUUGGGUGCUUUCAACACAAAGCUGAUCAAACUGACACCAAAAAUAACAAUUAAAACGAGAAAAAACGUAUAGAAUUAUAAAAAAGUAUAUUCACAAUAAUAUAAGAUAAUAUGUAUAUAUUAUUUGCCCACCAAUUUUCCGAUCGUUCCUAUGACAGCUAAAUGAAAUAAUCGACCGAUUUUGAUUAAAUUUAAUGCGAAGUUUAGAACUCAUUAAAAAAAAGCUUAUUUUCAAGCGUAGAAGGUUAUAUGUUUAAAAACACAAAGGAUUUAAUUUUUUGUAUAUUAUUUUCCCAUCAAUUUUUCAAUCGUUUCUAUGGCAGCUAUUGAUAAAGUAUUCAGAUUUUGAUCGAAAUUCAGAACUAGUUAAAAUUAGCUAUUUUCAAGUGUAGAAGAUACCAAAGAUAUAAUUAUUUUAUUUUUUGUUUCGCUUAUUAUAGUUUGCGUUUGAGAAACGGACAGACAUUCUGCCGGACAGACGGACAUGUGUAGAUCGACUUGUCUAGUGAUGCUGAUCAAGAAUAUAUAUACUUUAUGGGGUCGGAAACGUCCCCUUCACUGCGUUGCAAAUUUCUGUCUGAAAUCAUUAUAUCCUCUACAGGGGAAUAAAAAUGUGGUAGCUUGACGGCUUCUAGUGUUGUGGGCGUGGCACCCUUCUGAAACGAACUGGCGCUACGCAAGAAACUCAAGAAUCUAUGUACAUGCCUGAUCCCAAAAUUUUAUAGUUUCCAAGUCCUCAGCUUUUAUACGAAUAGAUAGACAGACGGGCAAGCAGACGGACAGACGGAAGAAGAAUAUUUAUACUUUAUUUGGUCGAAAACGCUUCCUUCUAUCUGUUACAUAUCCUUCUACCCUACGAGUAACAGCUAUAAUAAGCAAGGGAGAAAACUUUAGUCGAGUGCCUCGAGUAUCAUUUAAACCUUAAUUAAAGGGAGCCAAAGGGAGAUGCAGAAACACAAGCAAAAAAGAGAGAUUGUAAAGCACACCCUACGCGUGAUUUCAAUAUUUCGUUAUAAGGGCGUCACUCUGAUUAAAGCGUUAUGGGCGAUUGUGACCGUUAGAGUCGGUGUGGCAAACUUUUUUUAAGUCAAAACAUAUUUGGGCGUAACAGAGAACGCCUGUCAAAUUUGCUCCAGAGGCGAGGGACACUACGAGCUAUAUCAUAUGUUGUUUAGUCUUUAAGCUAAAAUAUUGUACCAUGUUCAAUGAACAUUGUUCAUAAGCGCUAAGUACACGCUUUUAGCCAAGUUAAACAAACAGAAAUGAUAUACAACAUUUAAAACUAUUCUCAAAUGCAUGCCUAUCAAAAUAUAAAUAUUUACAUCUAAAAAAAUUAAAAAUAAAAAAUUAAUAUAGCACACACACAUAAUUAUUGUAUACAUGUUCUAUACACUUUAAAUAACGUAUGGUAAACUGAACAGGGUUUCUAGUACAAUUCAAGCUUCCAAAGCGUAGAGCCCCUUGAUUGUUAUCGUUUUAGUUGUAAGAGCCACCCAAAAGAGCAACCGUUGAGUCUGACUCAGGAUAGCAAUUUAGCGUUUCAAAAAAAAAACGUCGUUAUUAAAUUUUUUUCUCAGCUGGACUGUCUGGACUGAAGGGUUGAAUAUGUGUGUUACUAGAUUAUACCCGUUUUUUCAUUGAGUAAACAUUUUUUUAAGUUCGUUUCACGAGAAGGGGUCUGUUUCAGUUCGUUAGUCUGAAGUAUUAUUUUCUUAUUUUUGAAUUGGUCACUUGUUCCAUUUUCUUUAUGGCUCGAAUUUGAGGAUAUAUUUAGUAAGGAAUUGUGGGCUAAGAAUAUUAAGAAAAGUUGGAUAUAGCAGCUAUAAAUAUAAAUUGUAAAUGUGGUAUCAUUGGAAGGCCUGUUCUUUUGGCUUUAACUUGUUUGUACACCAUUUUUAUAUGAACUGCAAUGCCUUCGACUAUCCUUAAAAUUAAAAUAUUUAAAAACGUACUUCCUCGGUAAAUAGUAUAAGAAUCUUUUCAUCUCAAAUCGAUUAGAUCUUAUGUUUUUUUUUACUUUAUUCCUAAUAUAAAAUUGCAUAUAAAUUAAAAUUGUUCUUUAUUGAGCUACAGAAUAUUAUUAGGUGGCGUCAACUUUUAUUUGAAUGUUGAAAUGGUUUAUCGAAUUUGAUAAUGACAGAAAUUAAUUCCAAACUUGUUUUUCUAAUGGCGUUUAAAGGGAAAUUUCAUAGUAAAUUAUUUUCGUAAGCAGCGCAAGUUUAUUACGCGAACAUGCCACGCCCAUACUAACACCCAAAAGCCGAGCAAAGUUGUGGCUCGUAAUGUUUAUGCUACAGAAAAAGUUAAUUAAAAUAUAUUUGACUCGUCAAUACCUUUUGAUUGAUCCAAAAAAAUACUAACUGCAAUGUAAUUCAUUCGUCAAUACCUAUCGACUGCUGCGAAAACAGAAUUUAACCGCACCCUGCACACCACAAAUUGGACAAGAAGUGGCCGGACAUUAUGCUGGCAGUGAACACGGCCUUAUCGGAGUCCACCAGAGGCAAUGGACGGCAGCGGCGAUUGACGUAGUACGGUCCAAGGAACACCAGCUGUCCUAUGCGGCAGAAGUAUUCACUACAAAACAAGCUUCGAGGUAGGAUGGUCUCUCCGGAGAUCUGCAAAAUACACCACAUACAUACAUAGAAAGAGCGGACUAUCCACGCGACCUUAAGUAAUCACAAAUACAAACCGCAAACAAGCAGACGGUGGACACAGAAGACGAAGAACAAGACGAUACUGGAAUAUUGUUGCUGUGUGAAGAAGCCACAAACCGUUAUCGAAUCUCUACAAAAACAAUUUCUUAUCUUUAUUACUACUAUAUCUUAUCGAGGUAGACUUCAAUUAAUAGACUUGUCGUUGUUGCAAAACCGUAGAAAUUGCAAUGCUAUCAUGAUUUUCAUCAGAUUCUUUGGUUCUCGUCAAGUAUGAAUAACUUCUUUUCAACAUAGAUUUAAACGUUCCUUUAAUAUUUUCUUGUUCACAUCAACCUUUGCGCAGGUUACUAUAACCUAUAUAAUAUUCUGUCAUUUAAAAUGUCUGUUAGCUAUCUUCCGAAUUAAAUGAUAAGAUAUCUUGAAUCAUUA